AUGUCCCCGAACACUUGGGUAAUCGAAAUGCCCAACCAGAAAACGCGUUCGCAUCCGUUUCCGCGAAGAAUUUCGCCGUAUCGAGCAUCCUCCGUGAACAGGGAUGCCUUCACCAGGGAGCCACCUUCGGGUCCUUCAAGGAACUAUGAUCAUCCCGUAUUCGAGGACAUUCGCACCAUAUUGUCCGUGUUGAAGGCCAGCGGCUUAAUGCCCAUAUACGAACAGGUCUCCAACUAUGAAGUCGGUCCUCCGAACAAAACCAACGAGUUCUACUCCUUCUUCGUAAGGGGCGUGGUCCAUGCCCUGACCAUCUUUAACAUCUACAGUCUAUUCACACCGAAUUCGGCACAAUUGUUCUACUCGUACCGGGAGACGGACAAUGUCAACCAGUGGAUCGAACUGCUGCUCUGCAUCCUGACCUAUACCCUCACCGUGUUUGUGUGUGCCCGGAAUACCAAGAGUAUGAUACGGAUCAUGAACGAAAUUCUCGAACUGGACGAGGAGAUUCGUCGGCAGUUUGGAGCCAAUUUAAAGCAGGACUUUGGUUUCUCGGUGAAGUUUUUGGUUGGCAUAGCCGCCUCACAGACCUACAUUAUAGUGCUGAAAAUAUAUGCCGUACAGGGCGUGAUCACGUCCACCUCCUAUAUUCUGCUAGCCUUCUAUGCCAUCCAGAAUGGCCUCACAGCCACGUACAUAGUGUUCGCUUCGGCUCUACUUCGGAUCGUGUACAUCCGGUUCCAUUUCAUUAAUCAACUGCUGAAUGGAUACACAUAUGGGCAGCAGCAGAAGCGAAAGGGCAAUGGUGGUGGAAGACGACAGCGUGGCAGCAGUUACCCCAAUCCCAAUCCCAGUCCCAGUCCCGCCAUUAUGGAACACUUCCCGGAGGACUCGCUGUUCAUAUACCGCAUGCACAACAAACUGUUGCGUAUCUACAAGGGCAUCAACGAUUGCUGCAACCUGAUUCUGGUCUCAUUCCUGGGCUACUCCUUCUACACGGUCACCACCAACUGCUACAAUCUGUUCGUGCAGAUCACCGCCAAGGGCAUGGUGUCGCCCAACAUACUGCAGUGGUGCCUCGCCUGGCUCUGUCUCCAUGUGUCCCUCCUCGCUCUUUUGUCCAGGAGCUGUGGCCUGACCACCAGGGAGGCCAAUGCCACAUCCCAGAUACUGUCGAGGGUGUAUGCCAAGUGCAGGGAGUAUCAGAAUAUUAUUGAUAAAUUCCUUACGAAGAGCAUCAAGCAGGAAGUUCAAUUCACGGCCUAUGGAUUCUUUGCUAUAGAUAACUCCACACUUUUCAAGAUCUUCUCAGCAGUCACCACGUACUUGGUCAUCUUGAUCCAGUUCAAACAGCUUGAAGACUCUAAAGGGGAGGACCCUGUACCUGAAAGCACUUAAAUAUAACC